AUGGAGGUUUUUACCGACUCAAGGAGCCAUGUACAGUCUACUUGCACCUUUUUGUUUCCGGAGUUUCCCGUCAAGCUUAAUGAGGCAAUUCUGGAGCAGGCAAAUAUUCGGGCUCAUCGGGUUCAAUUGGACAGGACAAAAUUGUACAUUGGAUCGCAUUUCACCUGUAGAUUUAUCAAAUAUAUCGACCUGUUGGAUGGCAUUGACCACGAAUCUGACGCUCCUCCCAUCUUGUAUACGCCCAAAAAAAUGUCAAGGAUUAAAUUGACGGUGAAGACGCCAACUUCUGGCCCAUCCUCGCCAAGGCCAGCCGAUCAUCAGGGCAUACAAGGUUUGCAAUUCAAUCCAUUGGCGCUUGUUUCUUUUUUUGGAUGUCGUUCAUGCAUUUACAUUUUAGUUGGCAUUUCGGAAUUUCCUUUACUUGGGCAACACUCUGGUUCUGCCUUUCAAGCAAAAGCCUCUUGCUUGCGAUUUGAAUUUGACGAGCUCUCUUCACCUACAAGUUUGCGCACCAAGGCCUUACGUAUUUAG